AUGGACAGCUUUGACUUGGCUCUUCUGCAGGAAUGGGACCUGGACUCCCUCUGCGUCUAUGACCCUGACAGAAAUAUGCUGCGCAGAAAAGAAUGGGAAAGAAGAAAUCAGGAGACCCAGCAUGAAGAUGGACUGUUUAAUGCUAGUUACUCUCUCUUCAGUGAACCUUACAAGACUAACAAAGGGGAUGAACUCUCAAGCCGCAUCCAGAAUACCCUGGGCAACUAUGAUGAAAUGAAAGAGCUGUUGACUGAUCGAUCCAAUCAAAGCCACCUUGUUGGUGUCCCAAAGCCCUGUAUCCCACAAGCAGCUGUGAAUAAAGCUGAGGAACACUUUAUUGCUGACUCGAAUUCCCACUCUCAGGCUGCUAUUUGCAGCCCUCCAUCUUCCUUGCCAGUGGCACUUUCAGGACAGCUGAGCAAGAACACAGCAAUGGGUUGGCAGAAGUCAGCACACAGUUUGGAGAGCCAGCAAAAAGGAAGCAAGCAUAGGCAUGGCUUGCCAGAUUCACACAGUGAUGACUUCAAAACAGCUAAUCAGAAGAACACUUUGGAAAACAUUAAGCAUUACACAUCCAGUACAUCUUCACCAUCUUCAUCCAGUGCUGCCCAGUGUCUCUUACCAUCAUCACAUGGUGACAGCAUCCGAACCCAGCCACCACCAAAGCUGAGUUGUAGUGCAGAAGUUGGAAUCCAGGCUCAAGAACGGCAUAGCAGUGGGCACUGCGUACAGAACUUUCCAUCAUCCCUUGCUUCAAAGUCUAAUAUAGUUCAGCAGAAACCAACAGCUUAUGUAAGGCCAAUGGAUGGCCAAGAUCAGGCUCCUGAUGAAUCUCCAAGACUGAAGGUGUUGGCUGAAACUAGCAUGCUCUGCACCUCAUAUAGAGGGAUACCAUCUUCUAAAGCAGAUUCAACUAGGAGCAAGACAAAAAUAACAAAAUGUAAUAUUUCCAAACAAGAAGAGGACAGUGGGCCAAGAGAUGACAGCUGUGUUGAAGAAAUUUUGCGGGAAAUGACCCAUACUUGGCCUGCACCACUUUCUGCAAUACAUACGCCUGGUAAAGUAGAACAAAACAAGUUUCCACUCACAAACAAGGACUCCCAGCAUGUUUCUACAGGGCACAGCAAUCAAAGAAAAAGUGAUGUUGAGCCAAAGAUUCCAGAAUACAGUACAUCACAUACAUCAAUGUUAGAAGAUGAUCUCAAGUUGAGCAGUGAUGAAGAGGAGAAUGACCAGCAGGCAGCACAGAGAUCUGCACUCCGGGUUCUGUCUGACAGCAGUACUGCUACACAGCAGUCCAGUUGCAGAAUCUCGGGGGUCUCCAGUAAGUGCUCCAGCAGCAGCAGCAGCUCCAGCGAAUCUGAAAGCAGUUCAGAAUCAGACACAGAGAGUGAAAGCAGCUCUACUGAGAGUGACUGCAACAAGCCUGCACAUUAUUCCAGCCCAGAGCCUGAACAGCCAUCAUCAAACAAGUGGCAGUUGGAUAAAUGGUUAAAUAAGGUAAAUCCUCACAAAGCACCUAUUUUAAACCAAAACGGACUGGAUACCUUUCCAUAUUACAGCAAAGUAAAAGAUGAAAGGCAAGACUGUGAAAAUCUACCUGCCAUUUGUCAAGCCAGUCUUAGAGAUAAAGAGGUUAAGAAUUCCAGCAAAGAGGAACUGAGGCCCAGAACAGCUAACAAAGCCCCAGGCCACAAAGGUGGGAAGCAAAAGCCACUUCCUUCAGUUGCGGUCAUUUCUGCAGAGAGUGGUCCUCUGAGAAGGACAGGUUGUAAAAAGCAGCUGAGAAGGACAGAAAGGACCUCUGGUGGUGAUAACUUAAACAGCCACGCAGCUGACCAUCUUGACUUGAACCAAGUACUUCUGGAAAAUAACAUAUGUGAACAGCCUAAAACUAGGCCCUGCAACACCAAAGUUGAUCACAGAAAGGAACCACGGUGUGUCACUGCCUGUGACAAGAGGCGUACAAGGGGUUCAGGUAAAACAGCACCCAAAUCCAAGGAAUUUAUUGAGACAGAAUCUUCAUCUUCAACUUCCUCAGAUACAGAAUCUCAUUCUGAACCAGAAGAGUAUUCUUUACACAAACCUCAAACUCUGGCCUCAGUCCCAGCUGGAAGUGACCAGAAACUGAAGGACACAGGGGGAAAUAACACCAACAAAGCAGGCAGCGGCUGUGGUGCCUUUGCUUCAGUUAACACCAGGACUAACAACGACAUAGCAAAAGAGUUGGAAGAACAGUUUUACACACUUGUUCCUUUUGGGAGGAAUGAGCUCCUGUCUCCUCUGAAGGACACUGAGGAAGUCAAAGCACUUUGGGUCAAAAUUGAUUUGACUCUUUUAUCCAGAGUUCCACAGCACUUACCAGAGGAGUCGCUGCUAACGAACACCGGGGUGAAAGAAGCAGCCAACAUGCAGCACAAUGUCGUAACUGACCUGCCAGCAGAAAAGGUUGUCCCCAAAUCUAGAAGGAAACGUAAGAAUGAAAAUGAGGAUGAGAACAGGGAGAGCAAGAAGAUGCACACUGAGCAAGAGUGUUCCUCACAUUUACUCACUGCAACCCAAGUUAUUUCAACACCAAAUCAUUACAGUGUGAUAAAAAACAGGGAGCUCUUGCACUUAGAAGAACAUGUGGUGUCUCUUUUCCUUUUUGUGCUCUUUUUGCUCUUUGAUAGCUCGGCAGCACCAAUAAAUAAAAAUGAGAAAAUUCUACGGUCACCCAUCUCACCCCUCUCCGAUGCAUCAAAACACAAAUUCUCCAGUGAGGAUUUAAGCUCUUCUAGCAAGCCCAAUGGUAGCAACCUAUUGUCCUCCAUAUCCUCAAGCAAAAAACACAAGAGUGAGAUCCGACCCCACCUGCAUCCUGGAGAUUUCAGUAAAGCAGUGUACAUCAACUCAGAAAAUACUUUACUGUGCAACAAGCCACAGUGCCAAAAAGAGUGGUCACCUACACCCAGUAUGCAUAAAGACUGCAGGAAAACAAAACUCAUCUUUACUGAUGGGUCACACAAUGUAGAAUAUUUUAUGCAGGAAGCUAAACGGAAGAAGCAUAAAGCAGAUGCAAUGGUGGAGAAGUUUGGCAAGGCGCUGAAUUAUGCUGAAGCUGCAUUAUCAUUUAUUGAAUGGAAUGCUAUGGAACAUGGACCUAUGGAAUCUAAAUCCCCUUAUACAAUGUAUUCAGAAACCGUUGAACUCAUCAGGUAUGCAGUGAGACUAAAAACCCACUCAGGCGCCAGUGCCACUCCAGAAGAAAAACAGUUAGCAGCAUUAUGUUACCGUUGUUUGGCACUUCUAUACUGGAGAAUGUUUCGACUCAAAAGAGACCAUGCUGUAAAAUAUUCAAAAGCACUUAUUGAGUAUUUCAAGAAUUCAUCUAAAAUUGCUCAGGCACCAUCACCCUGGGGUGCUAGUGGCAAGUAUACAGGAACACCUUCUCCUAUAUCCCCAAACCCAUCACCUGUGAGUUCGGUCGGGUCCCAGGGAAGCACUGGAGCCCCUUCUCCCACCUCCAUAAUCAGUAUUCCACAGCGAAUUCAUCAGAUGGCAGCCAACCAUGUUAGUAUCACCAACAGUAUCUUACACAGUUAUGACUACUGGGAGAUGGCUGACAGUCUUGCCAAGGAAAGCCAAGAGUACUUUAAUGAUUUGGAUGCACUGAUGGGACCCAUCACCUUGCACAGCAGUAUGGAGCACCUGGUUCAAUACACACAACAAGGACUCCACUGGAUAAGGAGUAGUGCUCAGUUGUCAUAAUGACUGUACCACUCACCUGGAAACUAGACUUUCCUAGAGACAAUUCAAUUAUUCUAGACACUGUGCUACAAAAACACAACCGCAGCAUUGCUUCAAACAAAUGUGAACAAUAUUUUUUCAGAGUACAGAAACAGGUGUGUAUCUAUAUUAUGCAAUGUUUGUCUCCUCUGAUGCAUUAUACUUUAAUAGUCUCCAAAUGUCACUUCUGUUUCUAUAAAGAAGAAAACUAUUAAUUGGUGAGUUAAAACAAAUUCUCUCACAUAUGAACACACACACACACACACACGUCCUCCACUUAAAAAGCUAACUCUGGACUUAAUGGCUAGAUUUAACCAAGUACAAUAAAAUUUAGUACCUCUAACUCAGAAAAGCAUUUUCUACUCCACUCCAAGUACAUGCAUAAACAUCUGCUGCUCUUUUCUGAAGAAAUGGUUUCCUACACGACACCAAGUACAGCUUCACUGAUGUAUUCUCUGCAUAAAUUCUUAUAAGCACACUUACGUUGUGCUUUAUAUUUUCUCUUUUCAGUUGGCCAGACCAUAGUCAGAAUGCCAGUUUGUAUGCACACUUAACAUCCCUCUUCUUCCCAGUUAUGGAACUUGGGCAUUCUAUGCAAAUACAUAUAUUUACAUGUUGCAUACAUGUUACAUAGAAAACCAGAAAGGGUGCAGUGCUGAAGGGUAAACAUGCCUGUUACUUAUAUCCCACAAAUGUUUUUUUGUUUUUUUCACAAGUGAAACUGUGGGCAAACUUUUUACCAGUCCUGAUUAAAAUUUUGUAGAGCCAUCUGUGGCCUGUCUGAGCCUGCAGGCUGCCAUCCUUAUAUCUAAGAGAGCACACAGUCUGCAGAAGGAUUGCUAUGUCCUGUGAUUCUAAAAAUCAAGAUGACAUCAUCUGACAGUCUGUGAUUAACAGAUCAAAACACACCUCAACAGCUGCAGGGUAAACAAUGGUAGGUAGUGUUCUUCUGAGUAGACAUGCAUGGGUUUGCACUGUAAGCAACCUGUUUUGUUUUUAAAUGGAAGAAUAAUAAUAAGAAAUGAAGUGGAAUUGGAGAAAGUGUUUGUUUUGCUGCAAAGCCAUAUUUCAAAAGAAAUUAUGGUUGAUUUGGCCAAAUGAGAAAAUGAUUUUAAAGAUUAACACAUAUGCAUAUUGGCUGUGGUAGGGGACCUCAAGCCCAAAGGCCAACUCCAGGUGGCUGGGGAAGAGGGAAUGGGGCCAGGGCAAGAAACCCAACUACCAGUCAUUUGCUGCUUUCCCAGUUUUGUUCUGAAGGGCUGAAAUUCCUUUUCUAAGGCUUACCUGCUGGCAAUAAGAAGCUGCAAUACAACUGGGUUCAGACAGCAUGAUAACACACUCUCAAUGAAUGUCUGUGGGUUAAGUGUGGCCUGUUGAACCAUGGGUUACUGUGCUAUCUAACUACAACUGUGGUAACAACCCAUUAAAAGAAUUCAUGAUUUGUUAUUUGCUUGUAAACUGUGCUAUACAUGAUUUGUAUCAGCUUUGUUUAAACAACACGUAUUUUAACAACAACCCAUACUCAACCCUUGAGUGUAAGUUAUUGCAUUAUCUGAACCCAGUCUAUGCAUCUGUGUUAGCUCCACCUCCUUUGUCUUUAAUCUUACCAAUACUGGAAUAUGGCCCUGAGAGCUUCUCCAAAAUUGAAGUCAGCCCUCCGAUUGCAAGAAGUUCCCUUCCUCUAAAACAGGCAUACAUGUAUUUUUGAUACAUUUUAGCAAAGUAUCUUAUUUGUAUUUUUCCUAGAUUGUAUCCAGCAUUUCUAUUCAAUUAUAUCAAUCCAGUAAAGUGAGUUUUCUAUGUUCUGCACUCAAAUAUUGUCCUGAUGUUUUUCUCUUCUAUAACAGCACUUUUACAAUUCUAUAUUUGUACAUUGUCUUUAGUGCCUGCUUAACAGGGAAAUUGAUCCAGCAAUAAUUAAAGUUAAUUUAGUCAGAGGAAUUUACAUCAACCAACUUGUGUAUUUGACAAAUUAAUCUUUAUAACAACAAGUCGUGUGACUCCUUAACUAUUAAGACAUUCAUCAUGACAUAAGCUUUUGUAGGCCAUAGCCUAUUUUAUCAGAUUCAUGAAGUUGCCAUCUCAACCGAGUAGGACAGGGAGUGUGUUUAUACAUAUGUGCGUAAACACACAUGUAUGUGUAGGUGGACACGCACCCUGUGUACAUAGAGGAGGAUUCCCCCUUCCCGAAAGUAUAAGAUGUGUCAAUAGCAUCUGUGGAACAUGAAGGAAGAGUUUGAAGUCCGGGAAGCAUAAGAUCUCUGGCUGACACUUAAUUGCUGCCUAUUGAUUAUUGUUUUCCUUCUCUCUGCUUAUAAAAUGUUGGUAUAAUCAAAGUGCGCUUCAGUUUGAAUUAGUUUUGUAUCUCAGCUAUUUUAAAGCUGCUUUGAAAGUGAAAAAAAGCAACCACUAAAUUCCCUUUUACCAAAAUGGUCCCAAAUUGGGUAUUUAUUGUGUUUUUUUUUAAUAAUUACAAAUGUUAUUUUGUAUUCUUAAACAAAAUAUUAUAUUCCCUUUCCAUCUUGUUUCACUUUUAUCAUACAGUUUGGGGGCUUGUGCCCUGAAUUUUCAAUCUGUUGCAGGCACAGGGGCACUAAUACUUAAGACAGCAGUGUCUGGCUGCAAAGCCCUUUCCCUUUAACAAGAUGAUUUACAGGACUGCAUAUAUAAAAGAAUGAAUUCAUGGCACUCCUCCCUCCAUGAAAGAGAAUGGAGAAGGUGGGCUGAGCCCACAUUCUCAGAGCAUAUGCAACUCCUAUUCAGGAUGCUAGAAUAAUAUUUCUAUUAAAUAUGAUGACCUUCCCUAAACUUCUUCUGCAUGAAUACAAUACAUUCCAAGAAAUUUGGAAUGAUUUUAAUGCUCUUCUUUUUGCCUAUUAGCAAACACCUGUGUCCAUCUAUGAACUUACUAGAACACUGCACUUACUUUACCUGGGAUCCUGGUCUUAGUGUUGGAAAACAAACAUGUAUGCUGUAUCUUGUAUAAUUAUAAUGGAACCUAAAAAAUAGUAACUGUCCCCACAUACAAGGAAUAACAUUCUUUGUACAUAUGAAUUCUGUGCAGAGUAAUUGUAGUGGAGCCAGUGACAACUUCUGUUGGCAUAGGCCUGCUAAUGAUAGUGGAUUAUGGACAAUGUGAUGAUACCAGUGUAAAUGAUCAAUGAGUUUCUUUCUAAUGUGUGAUGCUAAUUCACUUUUAAAUAUUUUGCCUGUGAAACUAUGCAUUAACAUUUAAAUGUACAUUUCCACUAAUUAUAUAGACUAUUAGCCCUGACUCAUUAAAAAGCCCUGGUAUCCCCCUGCCAUGGACAAGCACUGGAUUUGACUAGUUUUUAUGAGGCACAUAUAUCCAUGAGACCGCAGUCGAUUUAAAUGUUAAUAUAUGAGCAAUAUAAUGACAUUUUUGUUGCAAUUUCUAAGCAGAAUAAAAUUAGUGUGUGGAAACUAACUUGGGUUAAACAUAUCCCUCACGACUAGGUAGCAGAUGUGACACAUGAAUGUUUACUCAGAGGUAGCUAUCACUGUGAUUAAUGGGGUUUACUCCCUAGGAAGGGCUUUUUAGUCAUUCAGCCUAAGUGAUUCAUAGAGGUAAACAAUUGCAACUGAACUUAUAGUUGUUUUGCAAAGUUAAACUUUAAAACAAAGGCUUGUCAAAUCACAAUCUUUUCACCUCCAAAAUUUUCUGAAAUGUCAUUGUACUAUAUCAUAAACCGAGACAAGACUACCUUUUAUUUCUGUUGUUUUUCUUAAUGUAGCAAGGAUCCUGCUCCCACUCUCUUGUGAAAAAUGUAUCCUUGUCAGUUAAAACACCUACAAGUGUCGUAUGAGUUUUCUACAUGAGGCACUCUGCACUUGUGAUUCCUCAUGUAUGCUAGUUUGCGGGAGCUUUACAUAAUAUCAUCUCACAGAGUGUCUCUUGUGUUUUGCAACCAUUAUGAUGGGGGUUUUUUUAAGAGAGAGGAAAGUCAGAUAUUAUUUCCUACUCUCACAGUAAAAUGUUGUGACAAUUCCACUACAUCACAGUUAUACCACAGUGCCACCUUGUGGUUGUCCAAUGGAAUAUAUAGAAAGGCAGGGAAAGAAAAAAAAAUGCAGUAAAAAUAUAUAAAGGACCCACUCUUAAUGCUGCAAAGAAUAUGGAAGCAGAAGCCUUGGUAAAGUGGUGGGUUAAAAGCCUCUGGUAGAGAAGUGAUACAUCAGGUAGUUUCUUUGUGGCAAACACUUAUGGUGUGUCUCGGUUUCAACAAUGUACGUAUAACCAUUUGAGAUGCUGCCCACACUGCUGGCAUCAUGUAAUGAGGAAAUGUUACUAAGUCCAUAUUAACAAUUGAAAAUCCAGAGAAGAUGGAUGCCAGAGGCAAAUGGCAUUCUGUAUCUCUAGGUGCUCUUGGCAAAAAUCAACAAUAGGUCUUUGUAUUUAACAUUAGUGGAAGAAAUAAAAGAGGAGACAUUCCUUGUUCCACUAACUAUGGAACAAGGCAGCUAUAAACCGAACAAGCAAGUUGCUAGCAGAACAAUAUAGCAAAACUAACCUAAUGAAGUUGCAAUGAGUGUGAGCAGAUUUAAACUACUGGAUUUGACAUUUGCACAAGGAUGAAAAUGUGGGUUUCCUCAAUUGUUAGGAGCUUUGUGCUACUGGAAUGGAAGACUGGAUGCAACCUAGGAUAAAUCAGUGCAGUGUCUCUCACAGUUUGGGGGCUAUGUAAUAGAACAUUCUUAAAAAUGACUGGAACUUGGCUGGACAGCUCUAGUGGCAACCCUCCUUCUGUGGAAACAGUAUCUCUUGCAAGGACAAAUAUUAUACCCCAUGGCAAUUCAGAGUGCAGAUAUAUUAAACAUUAAGUGACACACAAAAAUUGAGAAUGAAAGAGACACCACAACAUCAAAAUGCAUUUCCUGAGUUCUACCAUAUUUUCAGUGUUUAUACAAAGGAGAACUAAGCAACCAUUUGCUAUCCAGUUAAUGCUGUCUUACAACAAAUAGGCAAGCACUAGCUUGCACACAGCCGUGUGAGCAUUUUGUUUUUUGGAAAACACAUUGUCACUUGCUUUUGCAAAGCCAGACGUGUGUGGCCAUUGCCUCAUGCAUAAGAUUCACCUUGCAGUGCAUACUAGCCAUUGGUUAAAACAAAAGCAAAUAAACCAUUAUCUGGAGUAGCGCACCUCCAUGUGGUAAAUGAUGUAUAGGAACAAAAAACUAUGGGCAGCCUGAAUAGCAGCUUGUUUUUUCGAUGUCUGUUUUCAUAUUAUUGCUACGUGUAAUUAUUUUGUGCCUUUGUAAAUUACUUUAAAUUCCUUUUACUAAACAAAAGCAUUGUUUAAUAAAUUUCAUGUGCAAGCCUGUCAAGUUGUGAUCCAGCUUAUCUGCUGUAUGUCCUGCAGUUGGGUGAACUGGACAUAAAUUAAGGUAUUCGCCUGACCUAGGACAGGCUGAAACAAGAUACUGGGCUGUACUCACAAGUAACCUGCCCAUUCUGGGGCCAAGUGCAACAUGAAAGGUUACAGAGAUGGCUGACAACCAGUUCCAAGUUCACAAGAGCAUUUUCCAGAGGCCAUGGUCACAUAUAUUGCAGCUAGCUGAUAGCCCACCAGUUAUAUUAGCAUUAUGCAUAUAAUUGCAUAGCCAGACUCAGUAAGGACUGUUUGCAUGUAGCAGAAGAAUCUGCCCUGGAUUAUAUAGUCCAUGUUUCUGUGUGUGUAUAAUCCAUUUUGUAUACUAUCAAGCCAGAGGCAACAAUUUCCACUGUCUUUCAGCAAAGUCCUGUUCAGGUUUGGUAUUACAUGUUUUGAUUUGUUUCCAUUUUUGUCUUUCUUUUUAACACACAAAUCAGUUAUUUCUAAGUUACAGCUUUUCUCUUAAUGCCAGCAUUGUUAUGAAGAAUGGAAAAAGCAAUAGGAUGUUGGACUUCCCGUAAAUACCUGCACCUCUCUGCUAGCAUCUACUCAGCCUGUGUACAGUUCUUCUGUAUAUGUCAAUACAUUGACACAUUUCUAUUGUUUACAUUAAGUGAGCAAAAUAUUGAACUGAAGUAUCCUGUACAGUAAUUUAUGUUGUAAAAUAUGUGAAUGUAUAUAUUGAUAUAGAUAUAUAUAGACAUAUAUGUGUAUAUUGUGUAUAUAUAAUUGUUGAAAUGCAUUGCAUUCUUGAAUGAAAUUCUUAAUUUAUUGGAUCAGUUGACAUUUUCCUUCCAAGCUCCAAAGGUACUUCAGAAAGUAACAGCAUUGUCUGAUGUAUGGCAUGGUAGCUAUUUGGCUCUUGGUUUCUAAACUACCUUUGUAGUUGUGAAGAUCUUUCUUUUACAUGAAAUUAAUCUGAGGCCUGUGGCUGCUGAAUUUCAAUCACUUGGGAAGAAUGAACACCAGCAGUGGGCAACUACAAUUCCCAUCAGCCCUAGCCAGUUUACCAGAUAGUGAUGGAUUAUGGAAAUUGUUGGCAAAAAGGUUUGGGGGGGGGCCACAAUUUGCCCACCACAGAUUUACACCAUAACUAGUCUGAAUGUUUAAGUAGAACUAGCAAUGUCAGUGUCCCUCUAAUAUAUAGGUAAUUUUAAGGGAAGGUUAUAAUUAUUAUUAACAUAACAUAACCUAAAAAGCAUACACUAUAUGUGAGAUGAACAGACAGGAAGUGCUUUUCCAUUUUGCCUCUUUGGAAAUGAUAACAGAAGGCCAUUGAUACUAAACCAAUUUAUAGUCAUUCCCUUCUCCUAAUUUUUGCAAACGAUUGAGCAAUCAUGUAGCUGGGGCUGAAGUAAUGUCUUUAUUGAAGUCAGUGCUUGCGUAUAGAUUAGAAUGGAUGCAAGUUUUUUAAUAAUCUGAAGGGGUCAAUUCAGCAAUUGGCAUGUGUGGGCAGCUUCCAAGGACCCACAUCCUUGACCCUGCUACAGCUGCCACCAUCCCCCUCCCAGCUGACUCCAGUAACAAAUGGAAGUGUCCCAGGCAAGCAGGAAUAUCAUUCCCCAUUUUAAAAGAAUAAAUGUUUUUACUUUCUUUUUGAGUGGUAGCAAUCUGAACCAAUCAGCAAUGGGCCUGGAGGGCAUGUCCAUUGAGAGCACGCGGCAGCCUUUUUAUUCCUUCUGUGCCUUUCCUGGACGAAUCCCACCAAAGGCAGUAUCUGUUUAGUUCAGACCACCACGACUACUCAGAAAAGAAGUUUAUUUAAGGGGGGAGGGAGCUGAAGUCUUGACUGCCUGGUCACUAGCUUUGCCGCUGCAGCUGGUUGGGCCAAGUGAAGAGCUACUGCUGCUUCCACCUCAGCAGCAGCAAUUGCACUCCCCCAGGUUUUAAAAAAAAGCCCUAGAAUGGAUAUAAGGAAGGUGGGCUGGCAAGCAGGAUGAACAUUUUGCUGCAUGAACAAUCACGCAGCAUCAGCCGGGGGAGCUUUGGUGAGUGGCAUGUGGGAGCUGCAACAGUGGCAAGGGUCCAUCCGCAGCAGUCUGCCAGUUGGCUCCAGCGCUGAUUACAUGCUACUUGUCUGUUAGAGCCACAUUGGUGUGAGUGGUUGCAAUUCCUUGGAGUUUCCUCUCAAGCAGGUAUGUGACUGGUAGAAUGAACAGUUUGACUGUGCACUGUUAGAUUUUUGGGUGGUCCCUGUUUUGGAAUGGGAAUUGUAGGAGGUGCAUAUAAUAUCUGUAUCAGUCUGUGCCCUGAAAAUUAUCAAACUAGUUUACAUUGCUGAGCAACUACAUUGAUUCAAUGCCAAGUUUGCAAAAUAAAACAACCCAUUGGACCCAUUUCAGGAUUAAGAGAAUAAUAUGAGAGGUUUGUUAAUUUAUAGAACCAUCUGUUACAUGGUUAAUUCAUGUGUAUUAAAGUGAUGCAAAUGUUGACAUAUUGUUUUGCUGUUUGGAGAUUUUGCUGUUUCUGUCAUUCAUACAAUACUCAUGUAGCACAGUUGCUGGAAUGGUGAGAAUACUUACUGUAAUGUAACAGAAUGAGCCUUAAGGAUUUGUUUAAAAAAAGCACUUUUAUAUUAAAAAGUUACUAUUAAUUCA